AUGUGGAUGGCGGGCCGCCCGUGGUCCCCUCGAGACGAUAUCAAGCCGCCUUAUCGGUUUGUGCGAGGCGAGAAUCCUACUCUAUCUGAGAAGAACACUGUUCCACCGUUUACGGCCGAGUUGAACACACCUGAGCCAUUUGCUCCGCUCGCUGGCCAUCUCCAGUUGCGUCAUUGGCGCGGCCAUUUUAGCUUAUCACGAACCCUUCGCUCGACUCCUCCUCGCUACCUCCCGACCGCCACCAUGGAGACAUUCAGGUCUCUCUUUGCCAAGCCUGAUCCUCAGGCCCAGAUGCGCAAAUGCAAUGCGUUGAUGCGCCAAAACAUCCGCAAGAUCGAUCGAGACAUUGCCUCAGUCAAGCAAGUCGAAGCCAAGACCAGGAACCUCAUCAUCCAGGCCGACCGUCGAGGCCAGCGCGACCCGGCCCGCGCCAAGCAGGCCCAGCAGGAGGUCCGGGACUUUGCGCGCGAGCUCGUCCGGGCGCGCAAGACGUCGGCGCGGCUGGUCACGUCCAAGGCGCAGCUCAACUCUGUGCAAAUGCAGGUCAACGAGGCGUUUGCGGUGCGCAAGAUUGAGGGCUCGAUCCGGGCGAGCGUGGGCAUCAUGAAGGACGUCAACACGCUGAUCCGACUUCCGGAGCUGGCGGGCACCAUGCAGGAGCUGAGCGUGGAGCUGAUGAAGGCAGGAAUCAUCGAGGAGAUGGUGGAGGACUCGCUGCCCGCCGAUGGGGAUAUGCUGAUGGAGGACGAGGAGGCCGAGGGAGAAGUGGACAAGGUGCUGGGCGAGAUCCUAAAGGACCGCGAGCCCAAGCUUCCCGUGGCGCCUGUGCCAGAGCCGCAGAAGCCCCAGGAGGAGGAGGAGGAAGAGGAGGAUGCCGAGGCUAUGAUGGACCAGAUGCGCAACCGGUUAGAGGCUCUGCGGAGCUGA